UUUUAUUUUUUUAUUUUGUUUUUAUUUUCUCUUUCUAUAAAAAAACGAAAGAAAAGGAGGAGGGGGCGGGCGUCCUCUUUUACCCCCCCUCCGCUUCUUUCAGCCAAGCAGAGCGGCAAGGUGGGGAGAGAAGGCUUAAAAUUUUAAGCCAGCUUGGAUUUAUUUAAGAGCAAAAUGACGGAUUUGGGAGCGCCGGAGAUGCUGCUGAUGAGGAGGAGGCUGAAUGCGAAGAAAAUGGGAAGGCUGAGACGCGACCUGCCGCUUCUCCUCCUGCUGGGGCUUCUCAUCGGGGAUUUCUCCUCGUCCAAGGCCGAAUCAUGUGGCGGCGUCGUCCAAGGUCUAAACGGCACCAUCGAGUCGCCUGGAUUUCCCCACGGCUAUCCCAACUACGCCAACUGCACGUGGCUGAUAAUAACAGGGGAGAGGAACAGAAUCCAGCUCACCUUUGUCACAUUGGCACUGGAAGAAGACUUCGAUAUUGUAUCAGUCUAUGAUGGACAGCCUUCGCCUGGCAACCUAAAAAUGAGGUUGUCAGGAUUCAUGCUGCCUUCCCCUAUAGUGAGCAGUGGAUCCAUAUUGGCCUUAUGGUUUACCACAGACUUUGCUGUGAGUGCACAGGGCUUCAAAGCUGUAUAUGAAGGUAAGAAAAUGCUUCAGUGUUCAUAGAAAUGUAUGAAAGCGGGUGAUGGUACACGGACAUUUUCUCGGGAAAUAGUC